GUGAUAGAUACGAAGAUUAGAUCUAAUUCAAAUUCAAAUCAUGAACCAGGGUUAAUAUAAGAAGAUCUAUUCAAGACUGUGUAAGAACAGUAGUUUUGAUAAAAGUUCAAUUGUUAUAACAAUUUCUAUACUACUAAAUUAAAUGUCAAAACUAAACGGAUCAGAAGUUGACGUGAAGUCCCUAAGUUCUUCCAACCCAGCUAUUCUUGAAAUAGAGAAUGGUCAAGUUGAGGUGAUUGGAGAAUUUGAAAAUGAAAACUUGGACUACAUUCAGCGUUUCGAUAUUGAUGCUCAUACUGAACCCGUGAGUGAUGGUCUGAUUCUUAAGAAGGUCGAUAGGAAGUUUAUGGUUGCAAUGACAAUAACUUACACCCUUCAAUUUUUGGAUAAGGUGGUCUUGAAUUAUGCAAAAGUCAUGGGUAUGACCAAGGAUUUACACUUUAAAGGUAACCAGUUUUCUGCCUUGCCAACGUACUUCUUUGUUGCUUAUAUUUUUGCUGAAUUUGUUCAAGGAUUCUAUUUCAUUCAGAAGUUCCCAGUGGCCAAGGUCUUGGCGGUUAACGUUUUCAUUUGGGGGGUGCUCUCUGCAUGCUGUGCAGCCACCUCAAACUUUGCAGGAAUGUUGGUUGUUAGAGUGUUGCUUGGUGUAUCUGAAAGUAGUAUUACUCCAUGUUUGGUUUUGCUCACAACAAACUUUUAUACUAGAUCAGAAGGUGCCUUUAGAAUUGGAAUUUGGUACUCUGGAUUGGGGUUAGGGCAAAUCUUUGGUGGUAUCAUUUCGUACUUAUUUCAAUUGGUGAAUGCUUCCUUUGAAGGAUGGAGAAUUAUGUUUAUUGUUAUUGGGGUACUCAACAUGUUUGCUGGCAUAUAUGUUUGGUUUAUGAUCCCCAGUACUCCAUUGACAUCAAAUUUUUUGACCGCUAAGGAAAAAUAUGUCUUGCUUGUCAAAUUAACCGAUGGUAAGAUUGGUGUAAAUGGUACCAAAUUUAUCUGGACCCAGGCACUUGAACUUUUAUUCGAUAUUCAAGCAUGGCUCUUAUUAAUUAUUUGUGCAACCAUUUCAUUUUCUUCAAACACCAUUUCGACAUUCUCUGCUACUGAUAUUAUGUCCUUUGGAUUCACAUCAAAGCAGGCAGCCUUGUUAAACAUGCCUUCUGGUGUGGUUAGUAUUGCUUCAAGUCUUUUAUCCUUGUAUGUAAUCAUGAAGGGUACUCCAAGAUUUCUUGCCAUUGUGUUAUUCAUGAUUCCAGCGGUAUGUGGAGGUGCAUUGAUGUCUUUCCUCCCCAAGCUGAGUAAAGGUGGGUUAUUAGUUGGAAUUUAUAUGGUGAACACAGUUACUGCUCCUUUAGCUAUUUGUUACUCUUGGGCUGGUGCGAAUUUUGCUGGUUCUACAAAGAAAAUUGGUUCUACUGCUAUCUUUAUUAGUAUUGGGUUUGCAAUUGGUAAUAUCGUUGGCCCACAAUCUUACCGGGUUGCAGAUGCUCCCAACUAUUAUCCAGCCAAGAUUUCCAUGCUUAUAACUCAAUGCGUUUCCAUUGGACUUGCAUUUCUCAUUUGGGGGAUCUAUUUCUUGAGAAACAAAAAGAGAGAUAGAGAACAAAAGAAUAUGGAGAUUUCAAGUGAAAAGGAAGUUGAAGAUGUUUGGAAUGAUUUGACUGAUUUCCAAAACAGAUCAUUCAGAUAUGUUUAUUAGUAGUUCGUAAUUUAUGAUUUAAUUUUGAGAAAUAAAAGCAUUAGUGAUAC